CCUCUACAACGUCUACAUCAUCCACAAGUAUGACCACCACCGGUGCAGCGAGACCCUCUACAACGUCUACAUCAUCCACAAGUAUGACCACCACCGGUGCAGCCAUGGAAAAUGAUGAAAUGGAGGAAGCACCUCUGGAUCUAGGACCACCUGAGAUUAUUAUGAACCUCACGGAAGUGACCACUGAGAACCUCGUUGAACAGGAUGUGGCCGUGGAGAGAAACAAUGAGGAACAACGUCACACCAGGCGUCAUCUGAGGUACCAGCCCCCAGAUCCACUCAACUCAUUUCAGCAGAGGCUCCUCCAAGCCGUAGAGAGGGAUGCAGCCCAACCUGAUGAUCACAGGAAGGAGACCCUCUUUGCCAUGAGCCCGGUGCCAACACUAAAGAGGCUGCCUCAGCAAAGAAAAGCAGCAGUCAAGGUUAAAAUGUAUCAGCUGCUUUUCAAAGCCGAGUUCAAUGAGAUGGAGACAAUUUAGCCGGCCAGUUCACAGGAAGGACAGGAAGAGGAGUGUAACCUCCCUCAUUGCACCUUUUCACACACGUCAGUUCCGUUUAAAUUGUCAAUUCAUGAAGUAAUUUGUUUAUAAAGUCUUAGGAUAGCAUUCAUUAUUAGUGUUACAUAGAUUUCUGAAUUGACAGAAUUGAAACUCAUACACCGGAGAAUUCAGAUGCUCUUGUUGGUCUCUAACAAGACUAAAGGUGAAUAUAUUUAUUUCAUUUAAAACCACUUGAAAACCAGGGUGUUGAAACGAUUUGUGAAGUUAUGUUCCGUCGACUGGUCCGUGACGUCCAGGGGCCAUUUGUUUGUUUAGCUGUGUUAUGGCUACACAUUUAUUUUUUCAGACAGACACACCUGUCCUCCACUUCUGUCUGUGCCUCAGAUCUCCAGUGCCCUCUCUCUCUUUAUGGCCAUGUCUGAAGUUCCCCUACUACGUCUAGGCUUUAUGAGUAGUGCCUGCAUCUGUCUGCAGUUGUGCCAAAAAUGCAUGCUCUUGUUCUCUUACAGAUUACGGGCUACACGUUUAUUUAUUUAUUUAUUUUUUAAAUGUUACACGCACAUACAUACACACCUCUUUCAAUAGUUAUGUUUUUAACAUUUUUACAACACACAAACCUGUCAUGUUCUUCCCUGUACUUGAAUACUUAUUAAAUUAUAACAUUUUCAUA